AUGAAACUGGAGUGGAACUCAUUGUCCAAAGUGAAGUUCGUAAACGCCGAAUUAGCCACGACGCAGUAUGUCCAGAUUAGAAGCAAAGCGGGGCCGCGUCUGUCCAGCGUUGAUGCCAUGACCAUCGUGCGUAAUUGCGCUCCAGCUGAGUUUGGCGAAAGUCUGGCAAAGUGGAUGUUGAACUUGGAGCAGCUGGCAGCAUGUGCUCAAUACCCCAUCGUCAAUUAUGAACCCGCAUGUUGUGAGAAGUUGCCUGAAACACGCGUGCACGUAAACUAA